ACAUACAUACAUAUAAUGUCACAACAACAUAAUCAAUCUAAUACAAAAACUUCUCAUUCAACUGCAAAUGGUGGAGAUGUUAGAAUUAGAACUAGUAAUGGGGAAGUUUAUAUACCGGCAACUCAACGUCCAGAUGGGACUUGGCGAAAAGCUAGAAAGGUUAGAGAAGGACAUAUUCCACAAGAUGAACAGCCACGUUUUGAAUGUAGAGCUCAAUCAGAAUUUAAUCAAACAUCGAAAACAAGUGGAAAUUCUGUUAAUUAUCCAGUUGGUUGGUCCCCUGUUGAUAUGGUUAAAGAACAAAAAAAGAAAAUAAUUAAAAACAAUAAUUUAUCAUCAUCAACUACUUCAACUAAACCAACAAUAGCUGUCGACAAUCCAAAUGCCCCAAUUACUCCAAAAGAUUUUAUUCAAAAACAAAUAAAUAAAUUUCAAAAGAAAAUUGAGGAAAUUGAUAAACUUAAAGAAAAAAUAGAAAAUGGGCAACUUAAAAAUCCAGAAAAAAAUCAAUUAGAAAAAAUUUCAAAAAGAAAAGAAAUUGAAGAAGAAAUUGAAAGUUUAAUUGAAAAAUUAAAUAAAAUGUAAAUAAAUACUUAUAAUCUUUAUUUUUUCUUUAAAAAUUAUUUUAUAAAAAAUGAAAAAAUAUUUUUUUAAAUUUUGUUUUUAGUUUUUUCUAAAAUAUUUGUAAUUGCUAUAACAUUUCUUUCCAUUACUUUAGACCAAUUUUCAACAUCGCCAAUUUCCUUAAAUAUUUUUUUAGGGAAUUUAUGAAAAAAAAUUUUUUGAAUUUAAUUAAUGAAAAUGUUUUGUGUAAAUGGGGAUAUAUCAGAAGUGGAUAUGUCUUUGUGUUAUUUGACUAGCUUUAGGCGAUUCGUAUCAGCCCCCCCCCCUCCAGCAAAAUUUGUAGUUUUUUGAAAUUAUUUUAAAAACAUUUAAAUUUCAAAUUAAUUUUUAAUUACCUAAAUUUUGUUAUUAACCAUUAACUUACUUAAAUUAUUUUUAAGUAAAAUAUUCUGCUUUUUAAAAUGUAUAUUUAGUGUAUAUUUUUUCAUAAUUUUGCCCAUAUUUCUAAUUUCCCAUAUUUUAUCCAUUCUCUCUAAAAAAACCUUUAAUGUUUGAUUCAUUUGUUCAACCAAAUCCACCCAUUGUUCUGCAUAUUUAAUUAAAUUACAACUUUUAUUUUCUAAUUUUUUACAUUCAACAUCCAGUCUUUUUUGAUUAUUAUAGGCAUAGGAAACUCUUUUA